UUUUUCUUGGACUGGACGUCUUGUUGUCUUCUUGUUGAUGUGAUUGGUGCUCUAAUAACUUGAAAUACCAUUCAUCUAUUCGAUACAGAAGUAAGGUUGAUUGGAAGCUUAUUAUUACUAGCUAGUACCAUCAUGGGCAAACCGCAACAGCUCCUUCCAUACUUGCCCUGGGUGGGUGUGAUUGUGGUUGCCUUUUUGGCCUUUAUCUUGAACACUCCCGAACCAGAACUGGAUUGGGAUGGAUUUGUCUUGCCAAUGACGAACCGAUAUGCCGGUACUAACACAAACACCAAUAAUAAUAAGACACCGCUCACUGGCAUUCACGUCGUCAUUAGUGGAUCCACAUCGGGCAUUGGACGUGGGACUGUCGAAGCCAUGACCAAGUUGGGAGCACACGUCUUUUGUUUGGGACGCAAUGCCACCAAAUUACAAGUCUUGCAGGAUGAAUUCGUUGUCAAUGCCGGCUCUGUUACCACGGUGGUCGCGGAUUACAACGACUUGGACAGCGUCUCGCAGGCGGCAGAUCAAUUGUUGGAAUUGACACAGGGUCGCAUCGACAUUUUGCUCAACAAUGCCGGAAUUCACGAAGGAGUCCUCAUGCUCGAUAAUCCCACCAGUCAACAAGGAUACGAUCGCAUCUGGAGCGUCAAUUACAUGGCACACUUCUUGUUGACGGAAAAAUUGGCACCCGCAUUGAAACAAGCCUUACAUCAACCCAUUGUGGCACAAAUGUCUUCCAGUUUUCAUUGGGUGGGAGAUUGGUCCGAUUUGGUUCCAACAGGCACCGACAGCAACAGCCCGCCCAAGGCCAGUAACGUGGGAGGCACGGGAGGACUCUUUCGCACGCAACGAGGAUAUGGAAAUACCAAAUUGGCCAUGAUUUUGCAUGCCAGAGCGUUAAAGAGGCGGAAUCCCGACUUGGAAAAUGCUAGAAUUGUCAGCAUUUGUCCUGCAUGGGUUGCAACCAACAUCAUGCCCAACCCUAUUGGAACCAUCGUCAUUGCAAAUUUGGGAUUCCAACACAAUGGUUGGGGCAUUGCUUCCACUCUAUACGCCAUGUUUGCAAAGGAAGAUGGACAUGACUACUUCUCCAACUCCAGAGCACUCAAUAUGGUUGUCAUGCACAACGAAAUGGCUCAUGCACCAUGGACAUUUCUCCUUGGAUUGCGAGACUUUGGAUCUUUCAUCAUGGCCUUUAGUGUCUUGGCGUUCCAAAAACUCAUGCCCAUUGCGGAGCCAAGCAUACCAUCUCCCAUUACAUACAACCAAGACAUUCAAGAUCAACUAUAUGAUUGGACCAAACAAGCCGUGUCCGAGUGGUUGUAGGAUGAAAUGAGAUACGGUGAUUUGAUUUGACAGUAAGGGUUUGGAUUGGAAAUGCUGGACUAGCAAAGCGAAGCGAAGAGUAGCAAGGCAGCAAACGAACAAAAUACGAAACGAUGACAUUGAUACCUCAGGUAAAGUACUAGUAGUUGGCACAGCUAUACAGCUAACAUGAUGAUGUCAUCUACUUCGACAGGAAAACAUUCGACUGUAGAGCCCAGCUUGGUACUAGCUACGUAGUGUUUGGUCAGCUUUUCUUUCAACAAAGCCGCCAAUGGAUUCCCCAGCUGGGCACGUCGUAUCAAGCUGAUGGCGAUCCAAUAUUGCCGCAUCGUCUGGAACCGAACAACCUGCAAGCUUCUGCGUGUUCUCCUACAGUGUAUUGAAGAAGCUCUUUUGCAUGAACUCUAGCUAGCUUGACUCUAGUAAAGUUACAUGCGUUUCUGUCAGGUCAAAACUGUCCUCGGCCAAGGCAACCGCAUGUGGCUACAGUUACAGUCAACAAGACUGGACUCAAGACUCUGUCCGAUGCAUAUUGAAAAUUUGAAUUGAGUCCAUCAGCUAAUGAGUAUUACCUCUCUAUGAUAGCUGGUACAGUGGACCAGGUGGCUGCAGUCAUAUAUCGUUGGGAGUUGUUAGGAAGAUUAUUUUCGCUAAGGAGUCUCCUGAUUUAGGAGGACCCACCACCGCCCUUCGUACUAAGCUUCGAUGCUUGCGGACUUUUUAUUUCCGUUCAACACUGACACUCUUGUUUUCUAGACCCUGACAUGCUGGAUUUCUACUGCGUCUGGUCCCUGCGGUCCCGAAAGCUGUGAAGGUCCCAGAUAAUUUCGCCGUUGCAUCACCAGUGCACAAAAGACGGCUCCUUCUCCAGUCUAUGGUACUCCCGGGACUUCGCUCACUGCACCUUUCUUCCCAUCCAGGUAAUGCAUUAGCUGUAAGCAGAUGACGAGGGUACGCUGUAGAUGUGAGAAUCUGAUGUCAGGAAGAUGGCCAGAAAAGCAUCCAUCAGCAGUACCUUACCCCUUGCUCGACGAAACAGAGUUACGUAAGCUGUUACGUAAUUGCUGGAUAAAAUUGUGCAGUUUUGCAUUUUAUUUGGAUCCACUUUGCACUGUUAAAAAGAGCGCUGACUACCGUACCGGUAUGGCUAACAUGGUGGCUAAA